AACGAACACAAGUGAACAGCAACAACAACAACUGGGCAGCACGCUGCGUUCCUUUUUUUUCGUCACUGCACGCGUGUUUUGUGUUUGUCUGCCCGCUUCUCUGUGUGCAUGUAUGUGUGUUUGUGCGCGCAAAAUAACAACAAACCACAGAAACAUAAUAAAAACCAAACAAACAAACAGCAACAAAUGGCAACAAAUGUUCGAAAAUAAUAACAACAGCAACAAGCUCAAAAUUUAUAUGAAACACAUACUUGGUUGAGUCCGCUCGAAAAAUAAAUUACACAAGUGCAGUUCUAUAAUAACUUAAUAACUUAUUAACAUAACAACAACUACAACAACAAGCGUUAAUUUGUGGCUGCCAAAGCAACAACAACAAUCGAUUUUCUUCAUAAACUUAACAUAAAAUACAAAAUUGUGUGUGUGUGCAGCACAGGACCAAAUCGUGUUGGAGAGUGUGGGACCAAUUCAGAUCGCUGUAAUGUUCUGCUGAACAUGCUGCGGACCCCAAAACAAUAAGCCCAAUAGAGCACACCUCGAUACAAGUAUCGCUAAGCAGAGAGUCAAUAAAAUGGAUAUGACAAAGGAAAUAAUUGACUAUGAGCAGAAGUUGGAUAACAAGCCGUACUACGAUACAAUGGAGGCCAACACGGACGGAGCCACAGCCACUGAGGAUGGCAAAACAGAUCUAGAGGAAGGUCAAGACACAACAACAGCAACAGCAACAGCAACGACAAUAAAAGAGUUGUCAACACGUCUAUUAACAGAUACAGCGCGAGACCCGGAGAAGGAGAGUGCGGAGAUGGCAGACUCGCCCCUAACGCCAGCAGCCGAUAUGGCGAGCAGUCUGGUGCCAGACAAAGAUAGCUUAUCGCCGAGUAGGAUAAGUGAGUUGCUGACGCCGCCCCCCCGACCCUUCACAUCCAGCGAGGUGGUGGGUCUAAGCGAGCCCAUUGAGCCGGAACUGCGUGUGGCCCAUAUUGGAAAGAAGUCGCGUUCCUUGCCCGUCUCCCCACAGCCACUCGCCGUCUCACACAGUCUGGCGGAGAGAGCACACUUCGAGUUCCAUCCGAGCGCAGCGGCCGCCACAGAGCCGAAGUCAAAGCAGAGCCCCAAACCCAUACGGCCGACGGCAUUGGGUCAGCGAAAACUGCAUCGGGGGAGCCACAUCGGCAACGAGGCGGGCAACAGUCAGCAGUUCUGUCUGCGCUGGAACAACUAUCAGUCGAACCUGACCAACGUCUUUGACGAACUGCUUCAAAACGAGUCCUUUGUGGAUGUGACGCUUGCCUGCGAGGGACACUCGAUUAAGGCCCACAAAAUGGUGCUCUCCGCCUGCUCCCCCUACUUUCAGGCGCUCUUCUACGAGAAUCCCUGCCAGCACCCCAUCAUCAUAAUGCGCGACGUCAGUUGGUUCGACCUUAAGGCGCUGGUGGAGUUCAUGUACAAGGGCGAGAUAAAUGUGUGCCAGGACCAAAUCAAUCCGCUGCUCAAGGUCGCCGAAACAUUGAAAAUUCGCGGCCUUGCCGAGGUCAGUGCCGGUGCCAACAACCCAGCCACUAACGCCGCCGCCGCCGCCGCCCCAGCGCAUUCCAUGCUGCCCGAGCAGCGCAUGACCAUCUACGACGAGGAUGCUGAGGAGGAGGAGGACGAGUUGACAGCCAACGCGCUGCUGCGCUCCAAUGCGGAUGAUCUGGAUGGGGAUGGAGAUGGGGAUGAUGAUGUCGAGGGCGGUCUGUUGAAACCGAAACGCGCUCGUUUGCUGGCCAGACUACAGAACGACUCCGUAGCAGCCGCUGCAGUCGCCCUGGAUCUCAAUCAGCGUCAACGCAAGCGUUCCCGCGAUGGCCAGCUCCUAGAUUACAACCAGACAGGAUCCAACAAUGAACAGAGUUCAGUCCCAGACUCACCCCACAACAACACACGUCCUGGUGGAGGCUCCGGCUCCACACCCAGCCAGCAAUCGCAGUCCCAAUCCCAGCCACUGGCCAUGACCACCUCCACCAUUGUGCGCAAUCCCUUUGCCUCCCCCAAUCCACAAUCGCUGGUCAUCACAAAUGUCUCCGGCAGUUUGUCCUCAGCGUCGAGCAGUUCGGGCAACUCCACGGCCGGCGGCUCUUCAUCCUCCGCCGCGGCCUCAGCCUCCGCUGCGACAUCUUCUUCGUCGGCCGGCAGCACCUACAGAUCCCCGCCCCCCUCCACGGCGCAGAACAGCGCUUCAAUGGCCGCUCUCCAGUCCCCCACGGCCGCCACUUCAGCGAGUCAUGCCAACAUGGCAGCCGCAGUGGCUGCCGCCCAUCAUGGCCAGCAUCAACCACCGCCUCCUCCGCCCUCGGCAGCCAUGCACCACCAAGCGGCGGCAGCAGCCGCUGCCCAACAACUAGCCGCAGCUCAUCAUCAGCAACAGCUGCAUGCCGCUGCCCACUCACAUGCGGCCAUGGCCAGCGCCCUCGGCGCCUCGUUGGUCGCCGCUGCGACAGGGUCGACUUCGGACAGCAGUCCCUCCACCGGAGGCCCGCCUGUGCCCCAUCAUGAUGACAUGGAAAUUAAACCGGAAAUUGCAGAGAUGAUUCGCGAAGAGGAAAGGGCCAAAAUGAUUGAGAGCAGUGGCGGACACGGCUGGAUGGGAGCCACGACGGGCACAUCUGUGGCAGCAGACAGCUAUCAGUACCAAUUGCAGUCCAUGUGGCAGAAGUGCUGGAACACCAACCAACAGAAUUUGGUGCAACAGCUCAGGUUUCGUGAGCGCGGUCCGUUGAAGUCCUGGCGGCCGGAAGCCAUGGCCGAAGCCAUUUUCAGCGUUCUCAAGGAGGGUCUCUCUCUAUCGCAGGCCGCGCGAAAAUACGACAUACCCUACCCGACAUUUGUCCUCUAUGCGAAUCGUGUGCAUAAUAUGCUGGGCCCCUCCCUCGACGGCGGCACCGAUCCGCGGCCCAAGGCCCGCGGUCGUCCGCAGCGCAUUCUGCUCGGCAUGUGGCCGGAGGAGCUGAUUCGCUCGGUGAUUAAGGCCGUCGUGUUCCGUGACUAUCGCGAAAUCAAAGAGGACAUUGGCGCAGCGGCCCAUCAGUAUGCCAAUGGACAGGCACAUGGCCCGCACUUUGGAGCUGGCGCAGGAAACUCGGCCGCUUCCGCAGCUGCAAAUGGGUAUCAUUCGGCGGCCAAAAUGGUGGCCCAGAAUGCUGCACUUGCUCCUCCCGAUACUAAUAGCACGCUCUCUUCGAUGACGGAGACGUUGCGUCGCCAGAUACUGUCGCAGCAACAGCAACAGCAAUCGCCCAUCGCCCAGUCCUUGAACAUGUACAAGUCGCCGGCCUAUCUGCAGCGCUCCGAGAUCGAGGAUCAGGUGACUGCGGCGGCUGCCGUUGCCGCUGCCAAGCAUCAGCAGAACGAGCGUCGCGGCUCGGAGAACUUGCCCGAUCUAAGCGCCCUGGGGCUAAUGAAUCUGCCCGGUCUGAAUGUUAUGCCCACACAGCAGGCGUCGCAUAUGAGGGGUUCGGGCAGCUCCGGCAGCGCUGGCGCUCCCCUGCAUCCCAGUGCGGCGAGUUAUUCACGCGACCUGUCACGAGAGCGUGAACUGAAGGAUGCGAUGCAGGCACGGCAGUAUGGGAACCAGUCACGCGGUUCAUCUUCGUCGGCAGGCAGCAAAUCUGCAAGCAUGCAUGAACGAAUUCAUGGUGCGUCCAUGAAUCGUCCUGGCGCUGCCUCCCCCUAUUCGCACUAUCCCAAGCACAAGGAGCUCUCCAACUAUGCGUAUAACAAGCGUUUUCUUGAGAGCUUGCCCGCUGGCUUCGAUUUCGAGGCCAUUGCCAAUGGGCUGCUGCAGAAGUCGGUGAGUAAAAGUCCUCGUUUUGAGGACUUUUUUCCGGGUCAGGACAUGAGUGAACUCUUCGCCAGCGCCGAUGCUGCGACUACGGUCCGCGAAUCCCCCCUGAUGAAGAUUAAGCUGGAGCAGCAACAGGCCGCCGAUGUGCCACACGAAGAUUAAGUCCAAGCCAAGAUUUAAAAUACAGAGAAAGAGAGAGAGAGAGAAGUGAGAGAGAGAGAGAGGCAAUGCGGUGGUCCUUGUGAAGGACACAUCAGCAUUUGACUGCUAUUUUAUCCCCAACGUUUAGUGUUAAGCCCGCUCUUAGUGUUUAAGUUGCUUAUGGGUUUUAUGCUUAGACCUAAACUUAGGUUGCAACGUCAGUUUCCACGCGUAAUCUUAGAUCCGUCACACACAUCCACACACCCAUACACACACACGCUCCCACUCACAUAUAAAUAUAGAAAUACACUUCAGAACUUUCCUGUAAGGAUAGGAUCUCGCCUGUUAUUUAUUUCCUCUCUUCAUGGUGCAGCUUAUAGAAUACAUAUGUAAAAAUAAAAAACAGAAAGAAUUAUUGCACAAAUGAACAUUCACAGAUACACACACGCACACACACACACACAGAGUUAAAGAAUGCAUCGGCACAAUUAACAUACAAUUACAAUUAAAUAUUUUUACAUUGGUUAUAAACACAUAUAAUAUAAGUGUGUAUGUACACCUACUUCUAUGUAAAUAGUGUAAAGAUUUCGAUAGCUAUAGGCGUUGCUGUUAGUGUAGACAUUCGAUAACAUCGCACAACUAGAAAUACAUACUAGGAAUAUGUAAAGCAGCGAUUAAAACAAUACUAUACACCCCCAAUCCAGCCCAAUACAUAAAUACAAACAUACAUACAUACAAGCAUACACUAUAUACUAAAUACUUCUUUAUAGAGUACGAUAUAAUUCACACUUAUUGUUUAGUUUGAUGUCGAGAAUAGAAUUGCAUAGGCAGGUUACACAUAAUUUAAUUCCCAUAUGUACGAGUAUUACGACAACGCAUUAAAUUAGUUUUAGUUAAACCUAAAUUAUACAAA